AUGACCCUAAAGCUAGGUCUCACCACAACCGUGGUCAUCUCCUCCAGCGCCAUGGCCAGAGAGGUGCUAACCAAGGAGGACCGGCGUCUCGCGGCGUGGCCCAUUCGCGACGCCACCCGAGCACUCGGGUGGUCUGACCGGUCUGUCGGAUGGCUACCAAGCUCUAACCCUCUAUGGAGAACCUUCCGCCGCGUCAUGGCCACGCACAUCUUCUCCCAGCGCAGCCUGCAGCAAGACACGCAUGGUCUGCGGGAGCGUACCGUGCGUGAUCUGGUGCGUUACCUGCGUGGGCGUUCGGGGCAAGAAGUGGCUGUCGGCAGGGUGUUGUUGAGCUCCACUCUCAACCUGACAUCAAAUAUACUCUUCUCUGCCGACAUUGUCGACAUGGAAGGUGGUUCACCGGAGAGGCUACUGGAGACCUUGGAGGCGGCCAUUGAUCCCCUUAUGUGGAAGCCUAACGUCUCCGACAUUUUCCCUCUCCUUGGGCCACUCGACAUACAAGGACGGCGGCGCACCUGA